UGUUUUGAUGUAAGGAAGCAAACAUGGCGUAUUCCUUGUCGGGGCUCGGGCGGUGAAAGUUCGUGAUCAAAGCAUCUCUUAUUUGACCUGGAUUAAAUUGGAAAAAAAGGCUUUCUUGUUUAAAAUUAGUGACGAGGAUGGCAACACUUGAAGAUUUCGAGGAAGCAUUUGACAGCUAUGAAUAUGUGGAACGUUUGGCAAGUACUGUAGAUGGUGGUGGAAGCAAGGGAGGUGCAGAAGCCUUCAAUCCAAUCAACUUGUCACAGGUGUUUCAAAGAACCAUACAAGAACUAUGUGCUCUGGAUGAAAAAAUGCAAGGACGCAUUAACAAGUUAGAAGAAUUGUGCAUCAAGGAGCAAGAAGAACACAAACAAAGAGCCAUAGAUUUGGAAUCAUCCUAUAAGAUUGCAGCUGGCUAUUUUCAAGAGCUUGAUGACCGCAUUAACUAUGUAGCCACAAAAGUCGUACAUCUUGGUGACCAGCUUGAGGGAAUCAAUGCCCCACGAUCAAGAUCUCUUGAAGCUCAGGAACUCAUGAAAUAUUUUGAAGAAUUUGCAACUCAAGAUAAGCUUACCUCUAAAGUCUUUACUGAUGCUGAUCAGAUUCACGAGGCUGCUAACAUCAUACAAAAGUUAUCAAUCAUUGCACAGGAAUUGCCAUCAGACAGGUUUGAAGAUGUGAAAGAUAAAAUUCAAGAUCACUAUAAUAAAGUGGAGGCAAAUCUUAUCCGCCAGUUCAAGCAUGCACACCAUGAAGGCAAUGUAGAGAAGAUGAGAGCUUAUGCAGAGACCCUAUUGCCAUUCAAGGGAUAUUCUCAGUGCAUUGAUACCUUCAUUGAUCAAUGUCAGAAGGGUCAGUUUCACUCUGCUGAUGUCUUCCAAGCCGCUAUUCCAUUAUGUGAGAAUGUACACACUCUGAUUAAAGAUGUCUUUGGACACAAUGCUGAAGCUGUGAUGGGUAAACUAGUGCAAAAUAUCCAUGAAGGGGUUUUCCAAAAACAUGUGCAGUCUAAGUUGGUAAACUUUGGUUUUGACAAAGAGCAAUCACUGAAAAACCUUUUCACACUCUAUGUCAAGGCCAAGGAUACUAGUAAGAAGAUGUCAGAGUACAAGCUUGGUUCCGACUCAAAUUUUAUUGAAAGGCUGCGCAAGAACUUGUUUAGUGAAUAUCUGAGUAGAUAUAUCAGCACAGAGAUUGACCACCUGAAAGAAAAAUCUACCUUGAUCUUAGACAGAUACUAUAAUUCAAUAACCCAUCAGAAGAAGGAAAGACCGACUGCAACAGGCCUUCUCUUGACUCAAGAGCUCCAGAGGCGCAUGCCCGUUCGAUUGCAAGGUACACCUACAGAAGUAAGUAAAGAGACGUACCUUUCACAAGAUGUAGCUGUCAGCCUUUUACAAGAAAACAAGACUGCACUGAAAAGAUGUGAACUGUUAUCUAAUCCAUCAGACCUGGCUUCGAAUGCUUAUGCUAUCUACCAGAAGCUCUUGGAUAAUCUUUGUAUUGAUCAUAUCGACUAUGCACUUGACCUGGCUUUACAAGGCUUACCUCCACCUGAUCCUCGUAGUGAGGUGGACACAGUGUACUUCGAAGUGGUUGAUCAAGCCAAUGGUAUAUUUCAUCUACUGGAGAAACAUUUCACAGACUGCAUCAUUCGCUUGGUGGGUUCGUCACCAGUCUACUCUGAAUGUGUUCGAAGAAAGAAAGAAGUCAUGGAAAUCAUGGAAUCCAAACUAGACACAGGCAUUGACAGAGUUCUUACAUCUCUUGUUGGAUACGUCAGAUAUAUUUUAAACUCAGAGCAGAAGAAAACUGAUUUUAAACCUGAAGAGUCUGGGCCGAAUGACAAUUACUUUAGGUGUACACCGGCAUGUGCAAAAAGCUGUAAGUUUAUUUGCUCACAACACGAACGAAUUCGUGAAGCAUUGGAUGGUAAGAAUUUGGAAGCAGUUCUUACUGAAUUUGGAACAAGAAUUCAUCGGCUGUUGUUUGAGCAUCUGCAACAAUUCACCUUUAGCUCUGACGGUGGGAUGCGUGCUAUUUGUGACAUCAAUGAAUACCGAAAGUGUAUGAAAGAAUUCAAGGUGCCCCUGUUGGUGUCCCUGUUUGAAACACUUCAUCAACUUGUUAAUUUAUUCAUUGUGAUGCCUGAUAAUCUGAAACAAGUCUGUGGUGGUGACCUACUGGCAUCUCUUGACAAGUCUGUUCUUCAUCAGUUUAUCCAGCUCCGUGCAGACUACAGGACCUCGAAACUACAACGGAUAGUUGUGUAAAGAUGCAAUAGGCUACUAUAUACUAUAGAAACACUAUGUCACACUAAGAAGUGAUUGAGAACUAUUAGUUUGUCAGUUGCGUGAGGUGCCAUUCAGGAUCAAAUCCAGUUGCUUUAUCAAUGCGACGUUUGCAUUAUACGCCAUUUUUCUACCACUACCAAAAUAAUUCGCGAUUUGUUCUUGAUAUACAAGUUUGUAUUCCCUCAUGAGAAUAGUAAAACAAUUGCUGGUAAUUAAUUGAACAAAAGUAAGUGUGCAGGAAACUCUGGAAGUUGUAGUUAAUGACAGCAUAAUGCAAGUGUUCUUUUUUACUGCACAGUUAACCGAGGAAAUAAGAAUCUUGAAUAAAUAUAAUAAAUUGUGCUUGUUGCGAUGUCCCGGCAUCGUUUUCAAAAUAAAGUAAAAAAAAAUAAAUAUUACGAGGUAUUUGCAUGGGAA